CGGUUUUUUUUUUUUUUUCCCUCGAGUAACGCUAAAGCUGAUAUGGCCGCAAUGUUUACGUGCUGUCUGGGCUGCUGUUGUGGUGAUGGCGGAUCCGAUCAUAAACCUCUUAAAGAAAUGCCCACCGUUCAGCUCGACACGCACCACAUGGGCGCGGAUGUGGUGGUGGUGAAGAGCGGGAGGCGGAUCUGUGGGAGCGGAGCAUGCCUCGCCAACGCCCCUCUCCACCAGAACAAGAGCUACUUCGAGUUCAAGGUCCAGUCCACGGGUGUGUGGGGUGUCGGGGUGGCCACACAGAAGGUGAAUCUAAACCAGAUACCUUUGGGUCGAGACAGUCACAGUUUGGUGCUCAGGCACGAUGGAUCUGUCUUUCACAACAAUGAAGAGAAGAACUGCCUGCCAGCUAACAGUGUGCCUCAGGAGGGAGAUGUUGUGGGAUUAACCUACGACCAUGUGGAACUGAACCUGUAUCUGAAUGGGAAGAACAUGCAGUGCCCAGCCUCAGGCAUUCGAGGGACUGUGUUCCCUGUAGUUUACGUGGAUGAGAGCGCUAUCUUAGACUGCCAGUUCAGCGACUUCUACCACACUCCUCCUCAAGGUUUUGAGAAGAUCCUGUUUGAACAGCAGAUCUUUUGAGCCGUCUGCUUCACAUGCACUUGCAGAGAAGCCGUUCCUCAGGGCUUUAAGGAAAGUGCUGAUGGUGGAAAGGGUGUUGCACUGCUCUGUCGUAUUGUUUAUGCCUUCUCUGUUGCUGCCAUAGUCCACAGGAGACAAGCCAGGUGUUUGUAUGUGAGAAGAAAUCUUUAUCCAUCUCAAAAAGUGCUCACACAGUCAGCCAUAAACAUGAAUGUCAAAUUAAGUUUUUUUUUUUUUUUUUUUUUUUAAAUGUAGCCUGUAUUAUAAUUUGACCCUCCAGGGUCUGGGGUUCAACCCUGAGCUCCGGUUAUUGUCUAUUUGGAGGUUUGCACAUUCUCCCUGAGGUUCUCCUCCAGACUCUCUGGUUUCCCUAAAUUGUCCAUAUGUGUUCGAUUCAAGGUGUAUUGCAGAAUGGCUCUCAGUGUUCCCUGGAUAGGCUCUGGAUCCACUGCACCCCUGACCAGGAUUAUGCGGUAAUUGAAGAUGAAUGAAUGACAGAAUGAAUUAUUUUCUAAGUUUUCGUGUAAUUUAAUAUACCUAGGACAGGAACUUUUAUUUAUUUUUUAUAUUUUUUGGAAAUGUUACAUUAACCAACUCUACAGUAAGUGAAGAGAAACAUAAAUGUUCUCUGGUGUAAAAAAAAAACAUGACUGAUGUCUUUUGGUUAGCACUAUUUAUGCAUAAUUAAAGAAAACAACCAAACUGUGUACUCUCAAAAUUCCAAAUAAAAAUGAACUCAGUGUAUGGAAUCUAGUAUGAAGUUUUGUAUACGUAUAGAUUCAUUCGAACUUCAGUAAAUGUUAAUAGUGGAAAAAAAAUGAAGCAAUUUUUAUGACCAAGAACAAACAAUACAAGUUAAUGAUUAUUGUCGUUACAUUUCUUACAUAACACACGAGAUACAGAGUCAGUUUUGUAGGCUAUUCCAGGCCUAUACCCUUCCACCUGUGAUGGCUUGAGAAUCUGAAGCAAUUAAAGUCUGAAGUAAUAAUGA